AUGAAAGGGACAGAGAGAGAGAGCAAACAGAUUUACAGCGAAAGAUAUAUCUGGUCGAGAAUUACUAGCAAGAUAUAUCAAUGCCCCAACUGCACUAAGAUAUGGUAUUUCAGCACCAACAAGUUCUUCAUUACUUUCAUAAGGUGUGGAAGACCUAGAAAGUAUUCUCUAGAAGGUUCCGCCAACCAUGGGAUAAUUUCUCCUCCGCCGCCGCAGGUGGAUGGCGGCGGAUUUGCGUCACCUACGCCGCCGCAGGAAGCUGACGUGGCAGCGGUGAAAAAGGGGAGGGGGAGGCCACGUGGCUCUGGGCGAAAGCAACAAGUAGCUUAUUUAGGUAAUAUAUAUGAAGCAGCAGGGUUUGGAUUUAGACCGCACGUUAUCACAAUAAAAGCUGGGGAGGAUCUAUUGGCAAAACUGAUGUCAUUCUCCCAAAGUACCUCACAAGCGGUGUGCGUUUUGUCAGCCAAUGGUUCCAUAUCUAAUGUAUCACUUUGGCAAGCAGCAACAUCAGGUGGCACUGUAACAUAUGAGGGACGGUUCGAGAUCCUAACUCUGUCUGGUUCCUUUCUUCUCUCGGAAUCUGGGGGUCAACGCAGCAGAACAGGUGGUUUGAGUGUGUCACUAGCUGGACCAGAUGGUCAAGUUUUGGGUGGCGGUGUGGCAGGGCUCCUUACAGCAGCAGCUUCUGUUCAGGUUAUUGUUGGUAGCUUCAGGACGGAAGGUCAGAGGCAGCUGAAGUCAGGGAAUUCAGACGCCUUUGGUACACCAGCAACAUUCGUCUCUGGAGCAUCAGCAGCCAGAAGUCCUCCAUCCCUCGGAACCCUAAGUGAGUCCAGCGGCGGGCCUGUCAGCGCUCAUAAUCAGCUUGUUGAAACUUCGAAUAGUAGUCCUUCUGGAGUAGCUAACUUGCCCUGGAGAUGAGAGAAUUAUGUUCGUAUGUUCCCAGAAUUCGUGUUGAUAAUCCGUGCCCCCAAGCUUAGAAAGUUGUCUAAUCUGUUUAUUUAGUACUCCCUCCGUCUCAAUAUACUUGUCGUCCUUAAUUAAUUUUUUUUUUUACUUUCAUAAGAUCGAAAUAGAUCUUUAUUAAUAUCAAGUGACCUCACAAUCAUUAGGGUACUCAAUUGAUGUG